AUAAUCGUUGGGGAGACUGUAGUCUUUUGCCUACAGGUAGCAACAAGAGACUUUGAGAACCAGGAAAAAACUCUUUUAACUGGAGACUGUUGCUAUAUUAAUCCACUAGUGAGGAGAACCGUCAGAUUUCUGGGGAUUUAUACUUUUGGAUUAUUUGCUACAGACAUAUUUGUAAAUGCUGGACAAGUUGUGACAGGAAACUUGGCUCCACAUUUUCUUACAAUUUGCAAACCGAACUACACAGCACUUGGUUGCAACCAACUUACACAGUUUAUCACUGAUGCCAACGCUUGUACUGGAAAUCCAGACCUUGUUAUCAAAGCAAGGAGAACAUUUCCAUCCAAAGAAGCAGCUCUCAGUGUAUAUGGAGCAAUGUACUUGGCU